AUGGAUUGGGAGGACUGGGAGGUGGGUACGUGGCACCGAGGCCCCGUGAGCCAAAGUGUCCGGGCAAUUUCUGGAGGAGCAGCGACUGUCCACAGCAUCCAAAGCGCGUUGCGCCCGGUCCGCAUUGCCGGCGCCGGCGCAGCAGUCCGCGCGAUAUGA